CCCAAUUCAUUCCUUCCUGUUCCUGGUGUUCAUUUCUUCUGCACUCACCCAAACCCAAAGCCGAAGCCUAAGCCUAAGCCUAACCCCUACCCCUUUGGCCUUCGCAUUUCGCAAUCAAAUAGGUCCCCGAAACUCCAGAACACUCUUCUCUUCAUCUGCGUCUUCUUCUUCGUCCACCAAAUCCCCCCCGCGACCCAAAUCCCAACCCUAUAACCCGUAACCGACCACCCGCCCGCCCGCUUCUCGCCGUUUCCCUGACCUCUCCAAUUAGCCGCCCCCAGCAUUUCUAACCCUUCCCUCUUGCAAUUCACAGGAAUACAAACAUAUAACGCACGCGGUUAUAAAUUUCUCUUUUUCUUUUUUUUUUUUUGGCUGUUUCUGUGUUCUCCAGAGGCAGUUGUAGAUACAGGUGGUGUUGUUGUUUGGGAAAAUGGUAGGAGGCGGAAACAAGAAGGACGAUUUAGUGAUGAGCAACAAUAACGUUUUUGCUGCUUUGGGAAGUUUAAGGAAGAAGAAGAAGUCUGCCGGCUCAUCGGAUAAGGAUGGGAAGAGCAAGAGCUCUUCUUCGUCUUCUUCUAAGAAGCAGGAACCAAAGGUGGAGCCCGAGCCUCAGGUUUUCUGGUCGCCAGCGCCUUUGACGAACAAAUCCUGGGCUGACGUGGACGACGAGGAUGAUGAUGAUUAUUAUGCCACCAACGCGCCCCCUCAGUCUGUUUGGGGCCGUGCCUCUGGUGCCGCCGAGGAACUGCAGACCUUGCCUAAGGAGAGCUCCACUCCUGUCGAGGAAAGUGAAAGUGAAGAAGAAGGUAUUGAUGAAGUGGAUGAUGAUAAUGAGGAUGAACAUGAGCAUGAAUCUGAGGUACCGGUAGAGAAAGAGCCUGUAACUAAGAAGCCUGCAGAAGUUCUGGCACCUAAGGAGUCAGAAAGGCAGUUGUCAAAGAAAGAAUUGAAGAAGAAGGAAUUGGCUGAGCUUGAAGCAAUGCUCGCUCAAUUUGGAUGUAACAAGCCUGACGAAGAAGAUGCAUCCCAAGUUGGAGUGUCAUUGUGCGGUACAGCAUUAGAUGGCGUUCAAGAUAAGAAGGUGGAGGCUCUGAAUGAGGAGGUGAAUAAGAAGGAGAACACUGCUCCAGGCGAGAGCAAGAGUGCAAAAAAGAAGAAAAAGAAGGAUAAAUUGUCAAAGGAGUCCAAAGAAGAACAGGAUCAGGCUGUGGGUGUUGAGGUUGGAAGUGGAACUGAUGGGAACGUCAGGACUGAGGAGUUAGAAGAUGAACCUGUAGAUGUGAAAGAGAAGAUAAAGAAGGUAGCAUCAAUGAAGAAGAAAAAGUCUAGCAAGGAAAUGGAUGCUGCUGCCAAAGCGGCAGCUAGUGAGGCUGCUGCAAGGAGUGCAAGACUAGCUGCAGCAAAGAAGAAGGAGAAGAGUCACUACAACCAGCACCCCCAGCGGUAGAUCUUUUUGAGUAAUAUGAGCAUGUAUUCUCUUGUUCAUUGUUAAAUGACAGUAAACAAACAAUAGAUAUUUUGCCAUUUAAAGUGACUCUUGAGAGAUGUUACCUUUUUGUUUAAAUCUAGAGAAAUUUCAUGGAUCUUGAAAUUAGGUUCCUUGAUC